AUGCUGGCACGGUGGGAUUGCGAUGGGUCGGGCAGCACAACAAUCCGCUUGAUCCUAUUGCCGUUGAAGAGAGUUUUCGUAUCGGCGAGGAAGAAGCAAAAGGUGCUGAUGGCCACACAGCCUAAGACGGGAGAGGAUGGGCCUUGCUACGCGCCUGACGCCAGAUCACAGCGUGGCUUCGCUGAAGCAGAAAAGCGGCAUAAGACCCCUUCUCGGGGGCUUCUUGUCAGCGAUGGCGCCCACCCGCUGACGCGUGGCGUCGAGUGA